AUGUUUCUUUCAGUCACUGAAGAUCUUGUUAGAAGGUGUGCAGAACAUAACAACUGUGAAAUUUUUUCACUGGAAGAAAUCUCUUUACAUCAACAGGAAAUAGAAAAACUAGAGUAUCUUGACAAAUGGUGUCGAGAUUUAAAAAUUCUCUAUCUUCAGAAUAAUCUAAUUCCAAAAAUUGAAAAUGUGGGCAAACUAAAGAAGCUGGAAUACUUAAAUGUAGCUUUAAACAACAUUGAAAGAAUUGAAAAUCUGGAAGGCUGUGAAGACCUGAAGAAACUUGACCUGACAGCAAAUUUCAUUGGUGAACUCUCCAGUAUUGAAACCCUAAAAUAUAACAUACAUCUGAAGGAGCUGUUUCUAGUGGGUAACCCAUGCACUGAAUUUGAAGGUUAUAGACAGUUCGUGGUGGCAACUCUUCAUCAAUUAAAAUGUUUGGAUAGUAAAGAAAUAGAACGUUCAGAGAGAAUUCAAGCACUUCAGAACUACCCAGAAGUGAAAGAGAAAAUCAGAGCACAGGAACAAGCUUACCUUCUCAAAAGGGCCAGAGAAAAAGAAGAGGCUCAAAGAAGGAUGCAAGAAAGAAAGGACAAGAAACAAAAAGAAAUGAAAUCAAAACUUGCAUUUGACAGCCCAGACUCCCUACAGGACAAAGAAAACCAUCAGGCAGAAGGAGACGUAGAACAAGAAACCUGGAGAACAGUUGAAGAUGAUGAAGAAGAUAGAAGAUUUUGGGAGGAGCCUACACCGUAUACUCCAGAAUCUAGAUUAGAAACUCACAGAUAUAUUGAAGAAAAACGGAGAGCUAAAGACAACACAAGGGAAUCAAAAAAGACGGAGAAGCCUCUUCGGACAUUGGUCACUGCAGAAGGAAAAGUUCUGAAUGUGAAUGUGCCUAAGCUUCAUUUCUCUUUGAAAGACGAUGAAGAAAACAACCAGAUCAUCCUGGAUCUUGCCGUUUACAGACAUUUGGACACUUCUCUGCUUGAUGUUGAUGUCCAGCCAACUUACAUCCGAGUACUGGUGAAGGGAAAGCCUUUUCAGCUUGUCCUCCCUGAGGAAGUGAAGCCAGACAGCAGCUCUGCUAAAAGAUCACAAACAACUGGUCAUUUAGUUGUCAGCAUGCCCAAGGUAUGUAAAAUAAUCUGAGGAGGCAUCAUACAAAGAUACGAAAAAUGUUUUGAGUACUUGGGAAAUGUUUCUGAGUUACAG